AUGAUCUAUCUAUUUUUCUUAUUCUACUUUUGUUCAAUUAAAUACGAAAUACUCGAUGAAGAAUCCUCAGAUGAGUAUAAAAAUAAUAACUACAUGAAAAAUAAGUUUAAUGGAAUACUCAACAUUAGACGUACAGAAAAUCUAGAUGUUGGUGAACCCUCAAGAUUUUUAAAAGAAGGAGGAAAAAAUGUUAUUUUUAAAAAUGCAGAAGAAAAAACUAGGGCACGCGGAAUUUAUAGAUUUUACUUAGAUUCUAUCAACUUACUGAAAAAUUAUAGAAAAUUAUUAGAUGACGAAAUGGAAUUAAUAUAUAAAGAAUACAAUGAAAUUUAUAAUAGGUUUAAAUUUACUAGGUUCUAUUUUUCUACUUUAAAAAGAAUAAAAAUUAAAGACGAGAUUUCACCAGAAGACUAUGGCUUUUAUAAAUGCUGUUUUCGAUCUAUGCACUUUGUAUUCUGCUGUUUAAGCAGUGAUUUGCGCCAAAAAAAAAGACAAAUUAUCAAAGAUACUGAGACAAUGGAAAACGAAAAAAAUUCUAUGUCGGGGGAGGUUGAAAUUCUGUAUAAAGCUUUUUGUGAUUUUUUAGAAGAAAGUGCGGAUCCAAACGUUGAAGAUUUUUCUAAAUAUUUAGUUCUUAUUAAUAUUAGCUAUUUUAAGUAUUAUACUUUGCUUUUGUAUAUGAAAUUGAGGCUAGAAAAAGUUGUAGUGUAUGAAUUAAAUGAAUUUGAUUUUUUUAAUGGAGAAGAAGGCGCCAAGUUAAAAAAUAUAAUUUACAAAACUCCGAUAUUUAAACUACGAUAUGAAGCUUUUAAAGAGUACAAUUUUUAUAUGAAACCAUUGUUAGAAGUAUUUAAAAUUUUGAUUAACCAACAUAUUUUAGAAACAGAAAAAUUUUAUAAGCUUACUAAAAGUGAUAGAGAUUAUCUUUUAUCGAAAAUUAAAAAAAAACAAAAAUUAAAUCUUAAUUAA